GAAGCAGGCACAAGCUCUCCGGAUCACAACGGCACUGGUGGCCCCACUCAACCUUGAGGCACCCGCAGAAGAGAUCUACUCUGCACCAUGAAACUUUGGCUCUUUGCCUGCCUGCUGGCCUGCUUUGUUGGGGCCUGGAUGUCUGUUGUCCAUGCCCAAGGUGCCUUUGAAGACUGCUGCUUGGGUUACCAAUCCAAUCUCAAAUGGAGUAUUCUCAAGCGUGCUAAGUGUUAUCGCAAGCAGGAAGUGAGUGGAAGCUGCAAUCUUCCAGCUGUAAUAUUCUACUUCCGCCAGAAAGGCCCGGUGUGUGCGAACCCGGAGGACAAGGAUGUGAAGAGGAUCUUGUUGCCUAGGAACAAGCCCGUUGGCAGUCCCAAGAAGUGCACCCCAGGUUCUCAUACUGAAAGAAAGAAGUCAAAUCAUGCAAAGUCCAAGUUAGGGAACCUCAGAAUUACCAGCAGGAGGAAUGCCACCCUAGGCCGGCCUAGGGUGGUGAGGAUGACCAGAAAGAUCACCCAUUAAGUUACUCAGAGUGAGCACCGUCUGGAGUCCCCUGAAGUGCUGUCUUCAGGACAUGACAUGACCACUGAACUCACGAACUCACAGGAGCUACAGUUACCUGUACUUGACUAGACUCAGCAACGUUUCAGCAUGGAUGAGAGAGGGAUUCCUGGGGCCCUACCCCAUGCCGAGGAGCUAUUGGCUGUUGAUGAUUGCUAGGGGAAGGGUGUCUUUUUCUUUCCCAGAAGUGUUGCCAUAGUCCAGUGUAUAAUCCCCCACCCGUGCUCAUACAAGCAACCCUAAUCAAAUGCAGUGAGUCACACACAAAGGAAAAGAGGGACGAAAGCAGGGCAGGGCUUGGUAGGAAGAAGGCAUUCAACGGGACCGAGGGGACUAGAGGACGAUGUGUGUGACAAUGGUCAAAAUGCCUACAUUUGUGAAAUGGUCAAAGAAUUAAAAAUAAAAAAUGUA